CGCACCACCAGCUAGCACCCACAGUAAGCAGCGGAAGAUGGGUCAGCAGCAAUCCACUAGCAACAGAAAACGGAGGAGGAGAACCACCGCCCUAGCAGCAGGUUUCGUUACUGGAUCGAGUGGCAAGGUCGAGGAGAAAUAUUCAAUCGACCUCAAGCCGCUGGGCAGGGGCCACUACGGCGUAGUGAGACGGUGCAUCAGCAUCGAGACAGGGCAGCAGUUCGCCAUUAAGACCAUCAGGAAGGCGAGAGUGUCCCGGGUCGAGAGCCUGCUGCGGGAGGUGCAGAUACUGCGCAAGGUCAGCCAUCCCAACAUCAUCGAGCUGGUGGACGUGUACGAGGAUGAGAUGAACCUGCACUUGGUUACCGAGCUCUGCACCGGCGGCGAGCUGUUCGAUCGCAUCCUCGAGAAGACCGAGUCUGAGGAAGGGAGGUACAGCGAGCGCGACGCCAUGACGCUGGUGACCAAGAUACUGUCGGCGAUCGCCUACUGCCACGACGAGCACAACAUCUGCCACCGGGACCUAAAGCCCGAAAACUUCUUGUUCAAGGACAAGGCCGACGACUCAGAGCUCAAGAUCAUCGACUUCGGUCUUUCGCGGUUCGAGGAGACCAACCAGAUCAUGACCACAAGGGUGGGCACUCCCUACUACAUUGCACCGGAAGUGCUCGGGAGAAGCUACAACAAGGCCUGUGACCUGUGGUCGAUCGGCGUGAUCGCCUACAUCCUGCUGUGCGGCUACCCGCCCUUCUACGGCAGGACCGAUAAGGACAUCUUCGCCUCGGUGUCGAGGGGACAGUACGACUUCCCAGGUCCGGAGUGGGAUACCGUCUCGGACGAUGCCAAGGCCUUCGUGGGAAAGCUGCUCAUGCUUGACCCGGCGGAGAGGCCCACGGCAAGCGAGGCGUUAACACUACCGUGGCUGCACGUCCUCGACGACGAGGCAGCAGAGUCCGCCACGGUGGAAGGGGAGCCAGGGGUCGCAACGACCACCACUGCUACCGCCGCCGCCGCCGCCGCGGUGGCCGCAAGAAUGGAUAAGCCCCUCCAGGUCAGCAGCAGGCUCCGGAGGUUCACGGGCAUGAGCAACCUCAAACGGGCGGCUCUCAACGUCAUCGCGAAUCAGCUCACGGAGGCCGACAUCGGGCACCUCCGGGACGCGUUCCGAGAGAUCGACGCCGACAACAACGGGUCCAUCUGCGUGGACGAGCUCAAGAUGGUCGUCAAGAAGGAAGGGCUGGAGUACAUAGAGGAGGAGGUGAUGACAAUGCUGAGGGGGGUCGACCUGGACGGCAACGACUCGAUCGAAUGGAAGGAGUUCCUUGCGGCGACGAUCGACCGGAACGUGUUCAUCCGGGAAGACAACGUUAGGAGAGCGUUCCAGCACUUCGACAUCGAGGGCUCGGGGAGCAUCACCCUGGCAAAUCUCGUCAGCAUAUUCGGCAGCGAAGAUCACGCCCGAGAGAUCGUCGGGGACAUCGACCUGGACGGGGACGGGGAGAUAUCCUUCGACGAGUUUCGACAGAUGAUGGAGGAAGACCAAGCUACGACGACGACAACGACUUCCAAGAAACCUGUUGCUUCCGCCGCCCCCGCCGCGGGCCCUACAACGGCUGCACUCACAGGGGCGUGAGCGUAUGCACUACUACUACUGAGUUGUAGACGGAAUUUGGCAAAGGAAAGAAGGAGAGUGCCGCAGCUGCUGCUGCUGCUGCGGCGGCGGCGGCGGCGGCGGCGGCGGUGGCUGCGUGCUGUGCAUGCAGGCAGACAGGUGUAGAUACUGACGGUGACCGGGCAAUACCCAUGCGUACCAGCCUUGUAUCGCCGGCUGCGAUUCUGUUCUUGCUGGACUGGUACACCUGCUUUUCUCUCGCUUAUCACUAGCCACCACCAGUCUUAUGAUUGUACAAUAGAGGUCCCUAUUUAGUGC